AUGGCUGAAGGUUAUGAUUUUCUUCGAUUUUUAUUUACAAAAUAUUCCGAAUCUGAAUAUCUAACAGAAGCCUGGACACAAAUUCAUGAAAGUCUCAAACAAUUUCUUCAAAAUUCAAGUGAAAAUUUUCAAUCAAUGUCCUAUCAAACUAUUUAUUGUCAGAUAUAUAAAAGUACAUGUAAAGGUUAUAAAGAACGACUUUUUGAUGAUCUUAAAAAACUUAUCAUAGAACAUUGUCAGAAUAUCAAAGUGCAAUUAGAUGAAAGUAUGAAAAGAAUGAUCGAUGAUCGUUCCAAUCGACAUAAGAAUAUUUAUAUUCUACAAUUUAUUAAUUUUCUUCAUCAAUUUCAACGAGCGAUUGAUGUCAUUGCUCCACUUUUUGUAAGCCAUCUUUUUCAAAUUUAUUUUAUUGACUUUUUUUUUUGUUCUAGCAUUAUCUUGUUAGUUUCUUUGUUU